CCCUUUGGAGGAUGCAGUUUUGUUUAUUUGUCAGGUUAUAAUACAUAAGAAUUUAAAUUUAAUAUUUUAAAAUGUAUGAAUACAAAUGUUAAACUGAUACAUUUUUCGAGAGCAGUGCUAUAUAUUUACUAAACUAAAAAAAUGGGGCGAAGAUCGAUAAAUACCACCAAGAGUGGUAAAUUCAUGAAUCCGACAGACCAAGCUCGUAAGGAAGCGCGGAAAAAGGAGUUAAAAAAGAACAAACGACAACGGCAGAUGGUCAGGGCAGCAGUUCUGAAAAUGAAAGAUCCGAAUCAAAUCUUAGAAGAAUUACAAAAAAUCGACGAAAUGGAAUUCAAUGUACUGCAACCAUCUCCUUUGAAUGAGAAGGUGUUAAAAGAAAAGCGAAAAAAACUUAAAGAAACUUUUGACAGAGUCUUGAAGAUGUAUGAUAAAGAUGAGCCAGAGAAAUGGGUUGAUCUAAAACGUCAAGAGAUGGAGUAUGAGAAGAGACGAGCCCAUCUUAUAUCUUAUUAUGAAUCCGUGAAACAUGCCCAGUCUGUACAAGUGGAUGACAUACCAUUGCCUACACUGCAGAUUCCAGAUAAUAUUAUAUUUGGUAACUUGCCCCUCCAAAUACCACUUCCACCAGAAAUAGUUCAUUCAAAUGUUCCUGUUAAACCAAUUUUGAAGAAAGAUUCUGCUUACAAGGAGAGACCAGCUGGUGUAGAACCGCCUGGUGUACCACCUGGACCUCCACCAGACUACGCCAUAUUGCUAGCUGAGGCACAUCAAAUGAAGAUCACAGAGAAGAAGACCUUGCGGUUCUCGGAUUUGCCUGAUGAAGGCCCUCCUGGCCUGAAUAUACCAAUCCCAGCACCACAAGUAAACUCAGAGCAGUUAGAUGAGGAUGUCGAUGGUGAAGCUAUGGAUGAAGGUGAGCAGCCUCCAUCACCUCAAUCACAAGCCAAAGCAACACCUAAACCAACUUCACUGCAACAGAGAAUGUUGGCACUCUCGGGACAAAACAUAGAUGAUUUCAUGAAAGAGAUGGAAGAGGUACACAAGAAGAGGGAGCGGGAUAGAGCAGCUGAUCUCAAUGCAAGAUUAAGUGCCAUUAAGCCACCAACAGGCAGGGACAGUGACUCUGAUAGCGAUACAGAAGUACAGCUACCGCCCCACAACCCGGAAUGUAUUCUGGAACCCCCAGGCGCGGAGAUCAGAGGCAUCCCACCACCGUUAAUGCCUCCAGGUCUUCGUCCCCCGAUGAUGCGAGGCCCCCCCGGUGCUCCCCCGGGCAUGCCUCCCGGCCCGAUGGGUGCUCUGCCCCCGGGCCCCCCGCCUGGUCUCCCGAUCAGGGCCCCCCUGCGGCCGCCGGGUCCCCCCCCGGGAGCCCCCCCACGGCUCAUGAGACCGCUGGUGGCGCCGCCGCCGCCGCUCAUAUCCGUGUUGUCUGCCGCGCCACAGCUGAUACAGAAGAAGGACGCUCAAGGUGCAACAAUAAGCGCGAAGCCCCAAAUAAGAAAUCUCUCAGCCGACGUCACAAGGUUUGUGCCCUCGGCUCUGAGAGUGAAGCGGGAAGACAAGAAGAGCAAGAUAGAGAUAAAAGCCGCGCUGCACCGACCGACAAAUGUACCGAAACAGGCGCCGAGCAAAGACGACGCUUAUAUGCAGUUCAUGAAGGAAAUGGAGGGAUUGUUGUAGAGUCUAGGACAUAGGUUAAUUAUGUUAAUUAUAAUGUAUUUUAUAACA